AUUUAAAAGUCCAGCUUUUUAAAAUGGCUUCUUACAAAAUGGUUAAGAUGUGUUGUGUUCCGUAUUGUAACGAGAUAAGUAAAAGCAAAUUUAAUGUUCCAAAAAAACAACGAGCUAAGAAGUUUAUGGGAAAAAUCUUUGAAUUUAAAAUUAAAACCAACUUCGAAAGUUUGUGAGAAACAUUUUGAUGUAAAUGACGUUAUAAAAACAUGGGAAUCUGGGAAAGGAUUCAGCAAGUAUACGAUAUGUUUGAAAAUACCAAAACUUAGACCUGGUGCUAUUCCUAAACUUACAGUGGUAAAUGAAACUAUUAAUGAUGUUUUACAAAAUGCAGUCUUAGAUAUUUCUCCGCCUAAAAAGAGAAAGAAUCAUGAUGAAAAUAGUAUGACGUAUAAUGUAUUGAAUGACCAUUCUUAUAGUACCAUGAAUGAUAGUAAAAGUUCAAAUAAUAGUACAUCUAUAUUUGAAGACAAUAUUAGUAAUUUUGAUGAGCAUUUAUUUUCAUCAACCAUUACUUCUGAACUUGAAACCACAACAAAAAAAAAAAAAAAUGUAAGUAGAUUAUUCAGUGUCAAAAUUACUUCAUAAAAUAUCAUAUUAUGUUAAUCCAUUGAAUUUAUUAUAUUAUUUUUUGAAUAUUAUUUCAUUUUAAAAACAUAUUUCAUCAAAUUCAGUUUCAAUUUACAUAACUUCAGUGAAUGUAAAAUUAAAUAUUGAUUUUAAAAUUUAAAAUAGAAAUAAACUUAACAUAAGACUAUAUUUAAACAGGUAUCUUCCACUUUAUUUGAGGCAAAUCCAUUAUUUAUUUCUAUUUGCAAAUCAAUAAAUUUAAUUAAUGUACCAUUGAAAUGGUUUGUUGACAUUAAUAAGUUAUAUGGUACUGCUGAAAAUGUUGUAUGUUUUCAUAAGUUGACAUUAUUCAGUGAAAAUUUGUUAAGAUCCAUAGAAAAGCAACUAGUUCUGAGCAAA